AUGUCUACCCAGCACUCAUCCUCUGGAUCCAUAUCCGUACCGUUCUCCGCAACGACAGGACCGUCGGCGCAAGGUCAGAAAUCAAGAUUUGGGGUGGACAGUACGAUGAGUCUGCUGGUGGAUAGUUUGAAAGACAGACUCUUGAUGGCUGUUCCGAAGAAAGGGAGACUGCACGAAAAGUGUUUGGAGCUGUUGUCUGGCGCCGACAUCAAAUACAACCGAGCACACCGAUUAGAUGUCGCUUUGGUCCAGAACCUCCCAAUCGCUUUAGUCUUUUUGCCCGCCUCCGAUAUUCCACGAUUUGUAGCCCUUGGAUCCGUCGCCCUCGGUAUCACAGGCCAAGAUGUGAUUGCCGAAUCAACUCAUGCAGAGGAUAUCACUCAACUGUUGCCAUUGGGUUUCGGUAAAUGCGCUCUUCAGGUUCAAGUGCCCGUCAGUGGUCCUAUACAGAGUGUUGAGGGUCUCAGCGGAGGUCGUAUAGCGACGAGUUUCGAGGUCCUCGCAGGGGCUUUUUUCAAGGAUGUAGACGCUAAACUUGGCGGCCAGCAGACUACAAAAGUCGAGUAUGUCGGUGGAAGCGUUGAGGCUGCUUGUGCUUUAGGUAUGGCAGAUGGUAUCGUGGAUCUAGUCGAAUCCGGCGACACGAUGCGAGCUGCUGGUCUUCACGCCAUCCAUACCCUCAUAACUUCUGAAGCUGUCCUCAUCACCCAACGUGUCCCUCACGAAUCCAUCACGCCGGCCUUGGCACCCAUCAUCCCUCUCAUCAAAUCACGUUUCGCCGGUGUCCUCGCAGCUAAAAAAUUCGUCUACGCUUCGUAUAAUAUUCAACGGGCAAAAUUGGAUGCUGCGCUCAGCAUCACGCCUGGCCGAAGAGCUCCCACGGUCAGUCCUUUAGAUGAAGAAGGUUGGGUGGCGGUGAGCGCCAUGGUGGAGAGGAAGAAAAUGGCAGAGGUGAUGGACGAGUUGGAGACUGUAGGCGCGGAGGAUGUCUUGAUAUUCGCUUUGGAUAAUUGUCGUGUGGGUGUGUGA